CGUCACCAAACAAGCGGGAAUGGAAUUCCUCACUGAAUAUAAACGUUACUAUCGAUCGGGUGUCGUGACAUAGUCCAGCAGCAUCCGGCUAAGUUUAUAGCUGGUGAAAUGUUUCUUAUCUCUGCUCUCGUUGCUGGUUUGUUUCUGCCCGUUGCAUACACUUGCUCUCUACCUACUGGCACUUCUUUCUACACUCCAAUUCAGCGAACUAUCCUAGCGCCGAUUGUUUUCCAAGCUAAGGUUCUCAAUACAACAACCUACUUAGAUCGCCAUGCUACUGGUCAAGUCUUCGAUGCUUGCGUCCGUAUCGCAAAAAUAUUCAAGGCACCGUUCGAAAUUCCUCCAGAGUUGUGUUUUGGAUCAUUUGGGAUAGAAGAGCUGUGUUUGACAUACGUGUUCGAAGGCUCUGAUUACAUUUUCUUUGUGAAUGAAGAUUUCACAGCUAGAUAUGACGGUUUUCCACUGUCUGCUAUCUCUGUCACUGAUGACAAUUUGUCCUUAGUUGAGCGUGGUUACUGCUCAGCUGAUCAAUCCGACGAUUGUGGUAAGUGAAAAAAAAUGUUAUUUCAAACUAUGAAAUGGAAAAUCGAACAAAAUUUUCUUUUUUUUUUUCUACCUGUGACAAAUGUUAAAAUAUUACUGUUGCUGAAGAGAAUAGACAGUCCACACGAGUCUCCGCGGAUAAAAUUAUGAAAAAUAAUGGGCGUGUUUUGUUUACAUACACCUGAACAUAACCUGUAGAUUUUGUACUGCUAUUAUUUUUGACACGGCGGAGCAAAUAUUUACGUGCGUAUGAGUACUGUCGCAAUUUACUAUUCGCACUAAUUAGGAUUUUGUAAGAGCGCGCCGUGCCGCGCGCCACAAUUUCGCGUCGGUUUUCAGCUGGAAGUAUUAAAUGCGCUGUCGACCUCCUGUCAUGUAAUUGUAGAUCAAUAACAUCGCAUAAUCAUUUUUUUAAAAAAAAAACGUCGCCAUCACCAGUCAGACGUUCUAGGUGAUCAAAUCUUCUUUCCUUUUCUUUAAACUCGAAAAAAUUAUUCGGCGAAAACUGACCAUAAUAUUCGCGCCAUGUUAACCUUGAGACAAUUUUGAUUUUUCUGGACUGGACCUAAUGUUGACAAGGGUGUUCAUUCGAGAUGGCAGGUAAAGGUUCAGUUUGAUGAUGGAGCAUCUUGGGAGUUGAAAUUUGACAGUUGGUGAAGGAGAUAUGUUAUUAUUUCUUUUAUCAGAUCAGAUAAGUUUCAGAGCUGAAAAAUAUUAUGCCCACCACAAGCCAAGAUCGGCAUUCUUUGCUUUUAACAAUGCUAUUCAAUUAUAAUCCGGCAUAUUGAGUCAGACCUGUCGUGCCGGACGGCAGCAUGUCUCUAAAAUCUUGAAGCAUUUCCUCUACUUAAUAUGCCUAGGACGAGGAGAUUUCUGAGCAAAUUUAAGGAAUGUUUGUAGUUGUAAACACUUUGUCUCCGCUGUCAACGAUGAAAAGAUGAAUUUGAUGUGGGUGCUACUGUUUAUACUGACCACCCAUGGAGCUUGUCACGGGAUGUCCUGGAACAGCUUGUCAAAGGUCCCAGAACAAAAAAACACAAGAAAUUUCUGACGAAAUUUUUCUUUCGCGUAGUUCUAUAUUGUUUGACCACGAGGAAUUUUAAGGCUGUUUGUCUGUUAAAUUAACCUGAACCCACUGCGAGUAAUGAUCUUAUGUGUAAACGGAGAAAAUUGCCCUCUGCAAUGCCCUUUUAUUUUUCCUUUGGCUUGUCCGCCUUUCAUCUAUUUGCUACUCGAAGAUUUUGUGUGACGAUCGAAAAGAGCCAAUUGUUUGGAAUGAAAUUCACUAACGGGUCUUCCGGACGCGACAAAGCUGGAGGUCUUUACUCACUUUGCCGCUCUCUCAGCAAGAGGUCUCACAAUAAUAUCCCAGCCAUUUUUUUUUCGGAUGGUCUUUUUUUUUUUUGCUGCACGGUCUUGCCUCGCCUUGGUCCUAUUUGGCGUGAGCUUAGUUUAAAUCGCCUAUUUUGGUUAAUGAACUAUACACUGUCCAUGAGGAAAGUAAAAGUCCCGCACUUUGGACGGGAACAUAAAUUAUAUUCCCCAACAAUGAAAUUUGCAUCAAGAAUUAAAAGCUUAAAUGCAUUCUUUCAAAUGGAAAAAUGGUAAUCUUGAUUUUUUUUUCGGGGUCAUUCUUUCCAGGAUUGUAUUUAUUUGAGGAACUUUUAUUUCAAAAUUUGGCCUAUCUGUUAUAUUAGUGUCACAAUUACCUUUUGACCUUUGACUUGUUCCUUAGGUUUGACUCAAGGGAGAUCUUCGUUUCGCCCCAUCGGUCAAUCGUCUGCGCAUGUGCGAACAUUUUUAUGUCGACGUUAGUCCACAUAGCGGGCUUCCUAGCUGUCUGAACCAAGUGUCACACUGGAGAUAUAAACCAAUAAAUUAAUAAGUCACGGUGUUCUAAAAGCGUAUAACAGUUUUGGUAAAACUCAAAACAACAUAGUAAAUCGACAAGAUAACCGUACUUGAAUUCUGCGUUAAGUUAGCAAAGUCUCGAGUUUUCCUUGCGUCAACAUUUUUUUCCUGCAUAGACUUCUCUUAAAGUUUCGAUUAUUGUUAGCAUAUUUUGCAUGCCAGUGGUUGUUUCUUGUUUUCCUUCGAAAUUUUGUGCGGGAAGUUACCGCGCGGCCGACCAGAAUCAAUAGCGUAUGCUUGAUGUUUGACCCCGUGUACCCAACAGAUCUUUUGUCGUUUCUGUUGAAAGUGCGUGGUCUGUGGUGGGAAGAAGGGAUGAGGACAUAAUCGCUUAAUGCCUUCUGGUCGUCUCUUUGAUGCGUUUUAGGAUGACACUCCAUGUUUCUCGUACUCCAAGAGAUCAGUAUGAGAGUACUUGCUACGAGUCACCAUUAUAUGCGAAAAAAUUUUCACGUUGGAACUCGCGUCUUGCCUUUCGUUCGGUCCUAAAGAUUUUAGCUGAAAUAAUUCACUAACUGUCCAAUAGAGCCGUCGAGCUUAGUCAUUUGCAACCCAUGUCUGCUUUCUACAUUCCAAACUAUCACGAUUUGCUAUUAUCUGUUGAGCGAUUUUUCUAUCCAAGGUUUAUCCGUUUAACUACAACGAUUAACGUCAUCUAUAAAAUUACGCCAGGCGGAUUAUAUUUCAUAGGGCGAAAAAAAAACAUUUUCGUCCCAAAAGCUGACGCGCAGAAAUUUUUACUUAUGUUGACAGAACCGCCAAAGAUUGAUUUGGAAACAUUUGAACCCGUGAACCGUAUACUAGAGGGACGAAAUGCAGUUGUCAAAUGCCAAGCAUCAGGAACGUUGCCCAAGGUAACAAUCUGGUCUAGAGGUGGACAACUUGUCAUGGAAAAACUGCGAGGAAAUAUGCUCGAGAUCAGUGAUGUUACCAUGUAUGAUACGGGGAGAUAUUCCUGUACAGUUAAAAACCCCGCCGGAGAGGAUACAGCAGAAACCUAUGUACAGAUUCGUAAGUACAUAAAAUAAGCGUCCUUUCAGCGGACACCGCUGCGGUCUCCUUCGCACGAGCCUGCGAACGGGCCCUGAUUAUUGGCGCUUGAGCAAAUUAUUAGAAUUAACCCUUAAACUCCCAAGAUCUCAUUACUAAUUCUCCUUACAGUCUGCCAUAUAGUUCUGGUGAUGUUAGUCUGGAGAAUUUGGUAUUGGAUCAACUAACAAUUCCCUAAUUAAUUUUUUUCAUUCUCAUCACUCGUCUGCUUGAUAUUGUAUUGAUAUAGCAAGAAGAAAUGCUCACUUAUGGGAGUUAAAGGGUUAAAAUAUGUGGUUGUGUUUAUGACUUGCUUUUUCCUGAAGCCGACAAGAGAUGCGCCUGACGAUGGUGCCUGUGAUUACAGAUUUAGCUAUAAAAGUCAAGUUUUUCUCCGCGCAAAUUGUCUUAGUUAAUGAUAUCUCUUCAUUCGAUUUGUUUCCAGUCUCCUCAGCAUGCGGAGGCUUGGUCGCUGUACAUGAAAACAAGACCAUAACAAUCCAAAGCCCAGAUUAUCCUUGGCCUUACCGGAAAGCAAAGUCCUGUUCAUGGCGAGUGUGUCCUCCUCAAGGCAUGAAGUUGGAGUUUAACUUUACCACCUUUGAUCUUCGCACAUUUGACAAACUGGAGAUUAUUAAUGGUUAGAUACACAUUCAUUUCUACUCUUAAAUUCAUGGUCCACUCAAUUUAGCACGCAAUUGGUAUUCAUAUCUCACGAGAGUUAACAAGUGAUAAUAACAGCAUCUAAGUGCCAUUUGAGGGGGGGGUUAUUACUUGUCAAUAUCGUUGUAUGGCAUUAGUAUGAGCAAACUACGUACCUCAUUUUCCCUCCAAAAAUAAAAAAAGAAACAGUGACAUUAGCUUUUCCACAAGCUUCAUUUUUAACCGUUUUCCUAUCACACGAAAACACAAAGGCGACGUUUUCAAACUUAUCCCUCAGAGCGUUUUUGAGAAGCGCCUGUUUCCGCUGGACAAUUUACCAGAUUAAGUGUGGACACUUAACUUCUCUGUGUGAAAAUUUUUAAGUUAAAAUCAAUCCGGCGAAUCUUGGACGGGCUCUGAGAUAUAUUCAAAUUUUUCCCCCACAGAAUGUGAUCGGCAACAUUCUCCAUGGAGGACAUACUGUGGUUCCAAGGUGUCUCCUGGCUCCUUUCUGUCUCGUUGUAACUCAACUUGUAUGCAGAUUGUUCUGAACUCUGGCUUCCCUCCCAACAGAGUAGCUACUGGUUUCCAAGCCAACAUCAAGACUUCAGAUCCAGGUACUGUAAUCGAAACCGGGAACAGCAGUAGCUUAUUGCAAAGCCCAACGAUAUCGAAAAAAUCUCGUUCCAAGAGUUCCUAAGAAAGAGAUUCAUUAUGCUCGCUCCACGCUCCCUCCUCCAUUAACUCAGAGGAAGCGUGAUGCAUAGCAAGCCCCAAAUGCAACGGUUGCUAAGGAGAUGGGGAAAUGGCAGGUUCUAAGGAAUUAUAGUGUAAUAUCAGCCUCAGUUAUUUUUGCCCUCUUAAUUCAACAAUGAUCUGAAUAUUUCACAGAUGAAACAGAAGACAAUCUGGAGGAAAUGGUUUGUGGCAGCAAUCUUGGUAUGUGCACAAAUCUUUAUUGCGUUGUUGUUGUUGAUGUUGUUUUAUGAAAUCAGGCUUGGCUUUCCUUUUGGUUUUGUUCUGCAACUGAAGCAUUAUUUGAAAUAUAUUCUCUGGAGUACUUAUUUUAAAAAUUACUGUCGAUGGGUUACAGCCAGUGGGCGACAACGUCUCCUAUCCAUGUAAGAAAAAAAAAAAUCGAUGUGUUAUUUAGAGAUGUCGAGGGUAGACAGAAUUUCGCGUGUGACCAGAAAACAAGUUCAUUCCACUGACUUGUUCAGACCUUACCUGUUAACGAACUAACAUGAAGAAUCGAUCUCGGAUUUCCUAUAAAACAUUUGAUGAGGUUGAAGAGAGGAGGAACAUUAGCUAACCAGCUUUUGUCACCGAAUGUAACGUUCUAAUCAAGCGUCUCAGAUGCUUUUUUAAUCCUUUACCUCCCGUGAGUGACCAAGAUAGAAUUCCUCCUUACAAUAUCAAUGCAAUGGCGUGCAGACAAGUGAUGAGAAUAGCGAAAAAAUUAAUUAUGGGAUUACUAAUUGAUUCUUUAAACUGACAUGAGAAGCAUUUGACAGGUAGUAAGGAGAAUUACUAAUGAGAUCUUGGGAGUGAAAGGGUUAAAACGCCGCAGUUACUGCACUGGAACGGGAAACCUUAGUUACCCAUGCCCACAUCUUUCUUUCUUUUUCUUUUUUUUUCUUAGUCGCCAGAGUGAUUCCUUCCGAGCGCCAGCUUCUGGCGUUGGAGGUGAACGUGAAAAUAUUGGAAGUCCAUAGACAAGACGAGCCUAUGCUUGUUUCACCCGAUGAUGAAAUCUCCAUAAAGCACGAGUGAGUUACUGACAUAAGACAAUAAAUAGAAAGAUUUACUUUCUUCGUAUUCCUCUCUCACCUUGAGUUUGAGUCUUUUUGUCCUGUUGCUGAUGCCAAAUUUUUUGUCGGCCACUUUUUGUGAAAAGCGUUAAGACAUGAACUUUGCAGUCGAUUGGCUGAGAUCAACGCACGCUUAACGCCCUACAAUUUAACUUAUCCCCAAUAAGCCUCCUUAGUAUUGUUAUGAUACUCCUUGUUGGCAGUCAAUUUCUUUACUCUCCCUUCCAUACUCUGUUAGCGACGACUGGUCCUGAAAGCCAUGUUGUCCCUCCAAAUACUAAAAUACAAAAAUUUUAUUCUUGAUGUUUGUAUAUGCCUGAUGCUUUUAAUCACUGUCAUAUUUCAACGUAUCGAUCUCCUGCCUUUUGCAGUUUUACCAUCACAGACAUGUAUGGCUGUCCAAUGGAGCUUAAAACCGGAUCAGAAUAUUACAUUUUUGCCUCGUUCGAGAGACACAUUAAUAGUGAAGACCCCAUUUCCUUAGUGAUGGAUUUUGCCGUGGAUCCUAACAACAAUGAGACGUCUGCGAACUUUAUCCAGCGGUUGAAGGCGAUAAAAGAAGAACCGCCGCAAUGUGAACCGCUCCCAGCCAAAUAAGAUAGUAUUCGAAUUAAUAGCUUUUUUGAAAAAAUACUGAAACUUUUAACUAAUUGGAACUGAAAUGUACGGGCGAAGGAGAGUUUCUCCCGAACGUUUGCUUCAAAGACGUACUUGUAAUUUGCUUUGCGAUUAAAAUUUUUGUUCAGCAAUGAAAGCUCUCACUUGAUCUUCCUAUGCUCCAGUCAUCAAUUCGUACCAUUCCCAUAUAACAUUCUAUUGCAUUGGAUUGUUUGUCUCGUUGGUUUUCAUUCCCAAAAUCUUAGUAGUAAUUCUCCUCACUGUCUGACAUACAAUUCUUAUGAUGUUACUUAGAGGAUUUGGUAUUGGUAUUUUUCUUUAUUGUCAACACUUGUCAGCUUAAUAUUGUAUUGUGUGUUUGAUAUUGCAAUGGAAC